GUAAACGAUGGAAUUAGAAUUCGAAUGAGUAGAUUCUUGAAGCUAAUCCCAAAAGAAAUGGUUUUGACUUGCAGGCUUGUAGUAAUGAUCUUUAUGGCUGUUUUUCCUUUUUUUUUUUUUUUUUUUGUAAGGGUCACUCUCUUUAAGUCUAUGCUUGGAUUUUAAAAUCUGGGUUCAUUUCUUCUUUUCCAAUCAUGGGAUUUCGCUCACGUUGAUUGCGAACUUGUUUUCUUUUUCUGAAAGCCUGAAAUUCAAGCUAUAAACCUUUCCUUUCAACUGCUGUGAUUGAACUCGGGCUAUACACUUGGACCUCAUAUAUAUAUAUAUAUACAUAGAUAUAUAUAUAUAGAUCAUUGAUCACACCGUUAAACUCCUUCAUAAACUGUCAAUUUCAUUGGAUAAGGCUUUCUGAUCUGUGAAUGUGUGGAAGCUGAUAGUUUUCACUUGACAGCUAUUUAAAUGCUCUUACAGUCUUCUUUUUAAUUUUUCUUGAUGAUUUUGUUUGUAUUUCAAGUUUAAACCCAGGUAAAUGCCCGUUUGGAUACCUGUAUUUGUGUCAGUUUACCAGUUUAUCCUGUGGAUGUGUAGUGUAGUGUAUUGAUUUUUCAAUCUGAACACUGAUGUUGAGAACUUGAUCAUCUUUUCACAUGGUUGCUUCAUAGGCGUCCAUGUCAAUCGCCUGUGGGGUUCCUAUCCUUGAGUGUGUGUACUGUCUUGGCUGUGCUCGUUGGGUGUGGUUAAAGUGCCUCUACACUGCUGGCUAUGAGAGUGAAAAUUGGGGUCUAGCUACUGCUGAAGAAUUUGAGCCCAUUCCCCGCCUCUGUCGUCUAAUCCUUGCUGUAUACGAAGAUGAUCUACGCAACCCGCUUUGGGCACCCCCUGGAGGAUAUGGCAUUGAUCCUGAUUUUGUAAUCUUAAGAAAAAACUAUGAAGAAACUCUGGGUCAGGUUCCUCCUUAUAUGGUCUAUCUUGAUCAUGAGAAUGCUGAUAUAGUUCUGGCAAUUAGAGGCCUCAAUCUUGCAAAGGAGAGUGAUUACGCAGUUUUACUUGAUAACAAGCUGGGGCAAACAAAAUUUGAUGGUGGCUAUGUUCAUAAUGGUUUACUAAAGGCAGCAGUACGGGUUUUUGAUGAGGAGUGGGAGGGUUUGAGGGAAUUAGCAGAAAUACACCCGACAUAUACCUUGACUCUUACUGGGCAUUCCUUAGGAGCAGGGGUGGUAGCAUUGUUAACAAUAGUGGCACUUCAAAAUCUUGAGAAACUGGGAACCAUUGUUAGGAAGAGGAUCAGAUGCUAUGCUAUAGCGCCUGCUCGUUGCAUGUCUCUGAAUUUGGCUGUGAGAUAUGCAGAUGUUAUUAAUUCAGUAGUACUACAGGAUGAUUUCUUACCACGGACAACAACUGCUCUAGAAGAUGUAUUCAGAUCACUUUUCUGUUUGCCUUGUUUGCUUUGCCUAAUGUGCUUGAAGGAUACAUGUACAUUGGAGAAAAAGAGGCUUAAAGACCCAAGAAGGCUAUAUGCCCCUGGUCGUCUCUAUCAUAUUGUUGAACGGAAACCCUUCAGGAUGGGAAGAUUUCCACCAGUAGUAAGAACAGCAGUGCCAGUGGAUGGGAGAUUUGAGCACUUAGUGCUUUCAUGUAAUGCAACAACUGAUCAUGCCAUUAUUUGGAUAGAGAGAGAAUCUCAAAGGGCUCUUGAUUUAAUGCUGGAAGAAUACCGAACAAUGGAGAUUCCGGAAAAGCAGAGGAUGGAGCGGCAAGAGUUUCUUGUUCGAGAACAUAGUGAGGAGUACAAGGCAGCCCUCCAACGGGCUGUGGCUUUGGAUAUUCCUCAUGCUAUCUCAUCUUCACCUUAUGGGACAUUCCAUGAAAAUGAGGAAGGGGAGAAUUCUAGCAGGUCAGCAGGGGAGAUGUCAAUGUUGUCAUUCAAUAAAUUGAGGGCAAGCUGGGAUGGUUUCAUUGAGAGACUGUUUGACGUGGAUGAGUCUGGUCACAUAGCAUUCAAGAGGGACCACCCUGUAAAUAGUCACUAAAAUCUAUUCUUUGAUUCAAUUAUUUAGUAUUCAGUGUAAUUGCUAUAAAAGAAAGGAUUGCUUAUACCAAUCCAAGAAUAGUUCAGCUAGUUUAUUAUCCAAUUAUUAUUGGACAAUUUGUACAUCUACUAAUUCAAUAAUUAAUGAAGCUAGUUUUGUUAAUCAA